UUGUAUCACUUCGGCUUUGGCAUCACUAGUGAUAACAAUAUAUAUAUUAAUAAUAAGUAAAAAUUAAUAAUCUUCAAUAAUGAAGACAAUAAUACUCAGUCUUUUACUCUGCGGAGUAGUUCACACGUUACCGCACAAUAAAUUAUCUGCAAGACACGACCCAGAUGUAAAAUCAAAGUCUGAUUUUAAAUCGAAGGACGAUAAGUUACUUUUACCCCGGGUUAAUAAUUCAAGUGAAGAAAAUAACAGAACUAAAAAAUCGGCAACGUAUUGCCUCGAGGUACAAAACUCGGGAUCAUCUCAGUGCUGUCCUUGUCCAUCGGGAACCGGAAGUCAAGGCAGUAACGGGGUAGUAUACACAAAUGAAGGGCGUCAAGAAUUCGUUUAUGAAGGAGCACAGUCAGUUAAUCCUUCAUUUGGGACAACUAAAGUAUUUUUACCUCAAACAGUCCUUACCCAUCAAGUAGUUCCACCAGUAGCUGCCUCUUCUCAAUCAGAAACGUCACUAUGUUGCCAUCGAUGUGCUACUCAAAAUAAUAAACAAGAGUUUAUUCUACAACCAAUUCAAACUUAUGAGAGACAUGUCUUCCAACCACCGCCACCAGUUUGCCAACAUCAUACAACUCCACCACCAGUAGUGCAUCCACCCCAAUACGGACAAGCAAGUGAAUCAUCAAACGAAAAUUCAAGUCGUAACAACUCGUCGUCUGAAACCAUAGUCAAGAAUGUCGAGUCGGCGAAAUGUGAUGAGGAAACCUACGUGGUAAUACCGCCGGUAGACACGCAGUCAUCAGUUACUUAUGUACAGUUUCCGAUUAUUCAACAGCCAACGCCAGUAUUUCCUCAGAUACUUAAAGGAAAGUCGAAGCUUAUUGACGCAUGUAUGCAAAAAACCAAUGGAUCGACACAAUCAGUCAUCACUAAGUCUGAAUCAUCUUCAUCAUCAGAAUCAGCAUCAUCAGGAACUAGUUCAUCUGUGACUAAUGCAGGUGGUCUAAGUGAUUUUCGUCCACAAUUUAUUGAACAAUUUAGUCAACCUGGACAAUUCAAUCAACCUGGACAAGUUAAUCAACCAGGACAAGUUAAUCAACCAGGACAAUUUAAUCAAUUUGGACAAUUCAAUCAACCUGGGCAAGUUAAUCAACCUGGGCAAGUUAAUCAACCAGGACUAUUUAAUCAAUUUGGACAAGUUAAUCAACCUGGACAAAUUAAUCAACCUGGGCAAGUUAAUCAACCUGGACAAUUUAAUCAACUUGGACAAUUUAAUCAACAAGGACAAUUUAAUCAACAAGGACAAUUCAAUCAACCUGGGCAAGUUAAUCAACCAGGACAAGUUAAUCAACAAGGACAAUUUAAUCAACAAGGACAAGUUAAUCAAUCAGGACAAUUUAAUCAAUCAGGACAAUUUAAUCAACCUGGUUCAGCUAAUCAACCCGGACAAUUCAAUCAACUAGGACAAUUUAAUCAACAACAACAAUUUAAUCAACAACAACAAUUUAAUCAACAGCAACAAUUUAAUCAACAGCAACAAUUUAAUCAACAGCAACAAUUUAAUCAAGGACACUUAAGUCAACCUUAUGAUUUAUCAUCAUCAUCAGUAAAUCAUCAACAAAUUUAUCAACCACCUCAAUCCAAUGGAUUUUUAAUUAAUAAUCAAGGAUUUAUAAUUCCAAGCGGAGCUCUUCAAUCUUACGAAAAUCAAUUAUCUGUUAAUCCAAUUAAUCAAAUAGGAUUUGGUUCUUAUCAACAAGGACCACAACUUAACAAUCACUUAUUUCAACAACAAGGAUCUUAUAACAUGCCGUUACCUUAUCCAAUUACACCAGAAAUGGCCAGCCAACCUCGUAAUGCCAAUGACAGUCCUCAAGCUUCGCAAUUUAAUCUCGCCCCGAGUCAACAGCUGAAUUCGCAUCAAGAUCAACAGGUAGAUGAUAAUCUGCUGAAGAGAUAUCACUCGCGUUCUAUUAAAACUGAUAAAGAGAGUGAAGAAAAUGAUAGCGAUGAUUCAUCGUCAGAAGCAGACUCACACUUACAAGUCGACGCGUCGAGUGUCACAUCGCAAAAAUUAAAACCACAUCAGUUUUUAAAUUCUCAUGAUAAUAAAGUAAUUAAAAAAAAUUCGUUGCAACAUAAAAGUUUUAAAAAUGAUAAAGACACCGCGGAUUUAUCGGGAAUAAAUCAAUCGAAAAUAAGUGAAAAAAAAAAAUUUAGAAAUUAGAAAAAUUUUAUUUUUAUAAAUUUUUUUAUCGUAUUCAUUAUUUAUAAAUUAAGUAUCAAAGUGGAUGUUAAUUUUUUAAUUAAUAAUAAUUAAUAAUACAAUUAUUUGUUAAUUAGGGUCUGUAUUUUUUAACGCAUUGAUUUUUUUAAAGUCGAAAUAAAAAUUUUAAUUUCAUACUAUAA